GUCAAAUCUGUCAGGAGUCUCCAAACCGCCUCUGCGCCUGGCCAUGUCUUUACCCGCGCUUUAUAAAACUCUACUGCUUCGUUAUCUUUUUUAUUGAGUCAUUCAGAUUAAAUGGAAAACCGGGGUGAAUAUGUAAUGUUUUCAAAAGAGACAUGCCUGCUGGACACUGCAUCAGAGAAACUGAGGAAGGAACUGGAGGAGGAGCUGAAACUCAGCAGCCACAACCUACAAAGUCAUGCCUGGUACCAUGGACGUAUACCUUGGGAGGUUUCAGAGUCGCUGGUGCUACAGGAUGGGGAUUUCCUGAUCCGCGAUUCUAUGACCAGUUUGGGAGAUUACGUCCUAACAUGCCGCUGGAAUCAGAAGCCUCUCCACUUCUUGAUCAGCAAAGUUAUGCUCAGAUCCAGUGAUACAUACACACGACUGCAGUAUGUUCUGGAAGGAGAGCAGUUUGACUCCAUUCCAGCAUUGGUCCAUUUCUAUGUUGGAGGGCAAACGCCACUCACCCAACACAGUGGGGCACAUGUGAUUUCACCUGUCAACAGAACUGUACCACUAUGUUAUUUGGAGACAAUAUUUGGUCAGACUAGUCAAGAGAAGACACCAUUACACUCGCCUGUACACAGAAAGGGAAGUCUAGUAGUGACAGAGGCACUUGCAUUUGAGUUAAUAACCCCUCAGAGGGAGGCAGUCAAGAGCUUUGUUGGAAGCUUGGAACAGCGUGUUGUAGUCACAUCAUCCCCAAACCCAAUGAACACACUCCACAGACGUAGAAGAAGUCCAUCACGCAAUAGGAAGUUUGUUGUAGUUCCUUCAUCACCUGUUAUGCAAAGACCCAAUGACAAGCACCCUUGUACCUCUCCAACUAAGAGUCCUGUCAUCUAUUUGGAACCUACCAACAACUCAUGGUCUCUCAGCACUGAGUCCUGUCAAAGCACUACUGUGGACCCCAGUGACCUGCAAUCCAACACAGGUCUUUAUCCACACAGCCUUGUUCAUAUAGAAUCAUCCAUCAGUGGACAAGAGGACCAGACAGUGCCGGGCUUCAUGGAUGAGGACAAUGAGGAUUAUUUAAUGCCACUUGUAAUUGAAACAGCCUCCAGUUUCAGACCCAGCCUGUACCAGUCACUGCUUCUCCCAGCAGAAAAUAAACCUCUAGAAGCAAAAGUGUUGAAGAGAGCAAAGGAGGUGCUUGUAGAUGCUGAUACAAAGACGAUGGCCAUGCACAUCACAAAGAUCGAUUCUAUGGUUGCUCGUAUAUCGGAUUUAUCCAGUGAGAAUAUAAAAGGGAUGGCUGUGAGCUCAGGAAUGGAGCUGCUCACACUUCCUCAUGGCCACCAUCUCCGACAAGACCUACUUGAAAGGUUCUAUACCAUGUCCAUUAUGCUGGCUAUGGUGCUGUUGGGUUGCACGGGCAGUGUGGAUGAAAGAGGCUCCCUACUGCACCGAAUGAUCUCACUGGCGUCUGAGCUGAAGACUAACCUGGGCAACAUGUUUGGCUUUGCUGCAGUUAUGAGAGUCUUAGAACUGCCACAGAUUGUUCGGUUGAAGGAUACUUGGAUGUCUUUAAGGCAAAAAUACACAGAAAGUGCAGUUUUGUAUGAGAAAACCUUGAGGCCCUCCUUGAAGAGAAUGACUGAUGGAAAAGAACUCUGUGAACCAUCAGAAACAACUGUCCCUCAUGUGCUUCCUCUGCUGCUCCUGCUUGAGAAGAGUGCCAUAAUUCUUGAAGGGUCUGAGUCCUGGGAGAGUCUUGACUCUGGAAUGGACUCUGUUCUGUGUCAUUUAAAUUCUGCUCGUAUCAUUGCACGCCAUGGUGAAACCUACUGUUCUAAUGCCAAGGCAAAACUACAGGGUUUUCAUGAGCAGCCAGACGUACUAGAAGUUUUCCUAACCGAGUUCCAGAUGCGUCUGCUGUGGGGGAGCCGGGGAGCAGAGGCAAGCAGGGAGGAGCGUUAUGAGAAAUUUGACAAAGUGCUUACAGCCCUGUCUAACAGACUGGAACCUCACCAGGCUGAAUGAUACACAUUGUACAUAUUCCAUUGUACAUAUAUUUAAUUUUUUUUUAUUUUUUUUAUAAAUACCAUGGUUUUACACGGUUUUACAUAGAGACAAAUGAUGCAACUUUCUGUGGUGGAAUAACAUUUCAAAUUAUUUUUAACUUUUAUAUCGGUUUGUAAAUAGUGUAGAUAAAAAUACUAUUCAGAUUUGUACUUCAGAGUAUGAUAAACAUUAUUUUGCUUUGCUUAAAUUAACGAAUAAUUAAUUGCUUCAUAAAUUGGUUUAUAAAUUAUGUUUAUGUCAUAACAUACAUACUCUAUGUCUUGGUAC